UAUAAUUUUUUAAAAAAUUUUAAAAAUAGAGACACAGUGGUCAUGGUUAACACGUAAUUUCGACGACAAGGGGGUUUCAUGGAAAAAUUUAAAAUUCAUACGUUGACGGGGUCAUGAAGACACAGGUAGCAAUUGGCGAACAAUAGAACAAGCACACGGGACCUGUCAAAACGGAGGAAGAAGAAGGAGAAGAAGCAGAAGGAGAAGGAAAAAGAAUUAACAUCAUUCAAAAGUGCAGAUAUGCAGAGCCAGCUUGUGUGUAGUGGUUGCAGGAAUGUUCUUCUAUAUCCCAGAGGAGCAACAAAUGUGUGUUGUGCAUUAUGUAAUUCAGUUACUCCAGUUCCACCUCCUGGAUCAGAUAUGUCUCAACUUAUAUGUGGACAUUGCCGUACAUAUCUAAUGUAUGCUCGAGGGGCAACAAGUGUCAGAUGCUCUUGCUGUCACACGGUGAACCUUACACCAGCACCCAACCAGUUUGCUCACAUUAACUGUGGGAGCUGCCGGACAACACUUGUGUAUCCAUAUGGAGCUCCAUCAGUAAAAUGUGCAGUGUGUCACUACAUUACGAAUGUUGGUGUGGGUAAUGCGAGGGUCUCAAUCCCUGUGCAUAGACCUAAUGGGACAGCUAUAUCUGCAUCAAUGCCUUCAACUUCAACAAGCCAAACUGUUGUUGUGGAGAAUCCUAUGUCGGUUGAUGAAAGUGGUAAAUUGGUAAGCAAUGUUGUUGUUGGGGUUACAACAGACAAAAAAUGAUCUAAUAUUAUAAUGAAGCCUUGUUAGCUGGUCCCUGCUUUGAUUUACGAUGAAGGAAUCGCGGUGUUAUUUGGGCAAGGUGGAGUUCAAAUAUUAUUCUAAAUCAGCUGGAAAGAUUAUGUGGAGAUGUAUAUUAAUAUGGUGACGGUUCAAGUUCUCAUUUUGAAUCACAUAAUGUGUUUUUAGAGGGAGUUAAUGUGUGAUUUGUAUUGAGGUGGAAAAUGUGUUUCCUCCUGGCAUGUCUUGUAUACCAAAAUUGAACCAUUGUUUGUCGAAAUGGUAUGUCUUUUGCCCAUAACAUUCUUUUGUUGACAGCGGACAAUAAAUUUGUAAAUUCUCCAA